CAAAAUUGAUUGUCUCGUACACAAUUGUACACAAUUUGACGAUGUGCUCCCCAUGAGCAGCAGCAGCGGUCUCCACGUGCGCACGAGCGGCAGCCCCGGGACCAGCGGCGGCGGACGUAGUGCCGGGCCGUCCUUGCGUAGCAGCCAAGCGUCGACGCGUCCCAGCAGCUCGCGCAGCAGCCUGGCAUCCAGUCGCGGAGGCAAGAAGGCGGAUCUGGAGCAAGUGCGACUAGUUGGUACCCAUUAUCAAUUGGGAGCUGAGAUCGGACGCGGAGGCUUCGGUAUCGUGUACGGGGCGCUGGAUCUGCGCAAUGGACGCUCUGUUGCCAUUAAACAAGUGUCGCUUCGGGAUAUUGACAAGGAUGAGCUGUUAUCCAUAGAGGUACAGGAUAACGAGAUAUUAAUUUUGAGGAUCUGAUUGCUUAUUUAACGCGUUACGCUGCUGUGCUAGACGGAAAUCAGUCUGCUGCGAAAACUGAACCACGAGAACAUCGUCAAGUACCACGACACUAUCAAGACGCAGGGAUAUCUAUACAUUGUGCUGGAGUACAUGGAGAACGGCUCAUUGGCACAAUUUAUCAAGAAGUUCGGAUCUCUAUCAGAGACGCUCGUGGCCAUGUACAUCACCCAGGUGCUAAGAGGACUGGCGUAUCUACACGAACAAGGUGUGCUGCAUCGAGACGUCAAAGGGGCAAACAUCCUUACGACCAAAGACGGACUAGUGAAACUUGCAGACUUCGGUGUGGCUAUCAAAUUGAACGAGACGCAGAAGGCCAACUCCGUCGUGGGAUCGCCGUACUGGAUGGCGCCGGAGGUUAUUGAGAUGUCAGGAUGGUCUUCAGCGUCGGAUAUCUGGAGUGUGGGAUGCACCAUCAUCGAGUUGUUGAUGACCAAGCCACCGUAUUUUGACCUGGCGCCUAUGGCUGCACUGUUCCGUAUCGUACAAGAAGACCAUCCACCGCUACCACAGCGCAUGUCACCGGCCUUGCACGAUUUCAUCAUGAAAUGCUUCAUGAAGGAGCCUCGACUGCGAGCAUCGGCCGAGGAGCUUCUGGCACAUCCAUGGAUCGCACAGAUCCCGAAGAACAAGGUCGAGCAAAGUACGCAGCUUGUAUCAGAGAGCGUCACGUCUUCGAAUGAUCGCGACGCCGUCCUGAAUACAAUUAAACUAUACGAGAAAAGCUCGUCCACGACAGACAUACCACCGACAGCAGCCAAAGCCUCACGCUCGCUUAGUGUCACGAAUGAACAGUCUGACGAAGAUGUCGAGGACUGGGACGACGAGUUCGGAGUGGAUUCCAACCCCACGCCGUUCAUAUUGAGAGAGGAUGGAGGCAGCAACGACAGCAAAACAACAGCGGAUACUGCACCGACAAAGCCGAAGUUUCAACUAUCCAAAGAAGAUGCCAACGCUCUGUUUGAUGACAAUGUGUGGGGCGAUGAAGAGCCUGAAACAGUGGUAUUAUCGGAGAUAGUGGAUGUAAGUGAGGACAGUAGUUGUGUUGAUACGAACCAGAGCAAGAGUGACAAGCCUACGAUGAACUCGUGGGAUCGAUCGUCGCUUAUUCCUGCCCAAAGCCGCAUAGCGAAGCUCCAGCAGUUUGUCGAAGAUCCGGAAGAAGACCUCGCUUUCGACGAUAUUGACGAGAAUCAACUUUUACAGGCGGCUGCAAAGCAGCAGCGCGCUUUAGAGACGGAGCCUAUUCCUGCCACUGUUGUCCCAGCCAAGAUGUCACUGAACGACUUUAAAGAGGACGAAGAUAUGGAUGGCAGCUUCGAGUUCGCAGAAGGUCAAGGGAAUCUGGUGUUGCGUGUUGGCAAUCGUGGGAGUAAUGCAGGCUCGUCUCCCAGCGGGAGUGCGCAAGAAAACCUGUUCGACGACGAGCUGGACUUUGAUUAUUCAACUGCGCGUGACACGAACCAAAAGGCAACUGCACGAGUGGUGCAGCUACUGUCGUUGCUGGAUCCAAGCAUGGAAGACCAAGUCAUCCUUGAUGCCUGCAAUAAAUUGGAGGAAUUAUUUGAUCAGAACGUGACGCUGAGGCGGGAUUUAAUGUCGCAAGGUGGAGUGGUUCCCAACAUCAUGGAGGCUCUCGAAAUGAAGAAGAUGGACGUGCUGCACGCCGUACUCCGAGUCAUCAACAUUAUCGUUGAAGGUAACAAGAAAUUUCAAGAAAACUUGGCGCUGGUUGGUCUAGUGCCAGUGAUCAUCAAGCUCACGAAGCAGCACAAUCCGUAUUACUUACCGGGUGGAAGUGGCAGAGGAUUCCGCAUGGGAAUCCCUGAAGACAACGAGUUUUCGAUCGCUGUGCGGAUGGAGGCAGCCAAGUUUGUGCGGCAGUGUUGCAAGACCAGUUCACUGACGCUGCAAAUGUUUAUCGCAUGUGGCGGAUUGCCAGUGUUGGUGGACUUCCUGACUCUAGAUGACAAACCAUCUAAUCUCGACUGCGAUGUGGAUCUCCUUCACAUCGCACUGGAUGGAAUCUUCAGCGUCUUCAGCAUCCAGACCAUCCCGAAGAACGACAUUUGCAGACUUUUCGUCAAAGCGGGGCUUUUGAAGAAGUUUGUGGUCGUAUUUUCCGAGAUUAUCGUGUCAUUAUCAGCCAGUGAUACGCGUGGACCGGAGAACCAUGCUCCGAGUGCAAAGAAAUCUACCAAGACGAAUGUGUCAACACAGUGGACGAUGAAGGAACUCCACAAAACGUGUGAUAUCUUUGUACUGUUUUCUCAAGGUGAUGCUGUUGUUAAAGAGCACAUGUGUGACGGCGCUGUGCUUGAAGGACUAUUAGAAGCGAUUCAUCCUGGUGCGCCACUCUUUAGUAUUGGUGAAGACCAGCCAAAACGUAAGCAGACAUUGCCACUGAUACGCCAUUCGGAUGAAUUCGUCUCGGCGAUGCUCAAGCUACUCAAGUGCAUUCGGAAUUUGAGUAUGGAGCCUUUGACGUUGGAGAAAUUGGACCGAACUGGAGCCAUCCCGACACUUGUCCGGCUGCUGAACGAGCAAGAGACUGAAGGCUUGUCGAUCUCAGAUGUGAAGCGGAAAGAGGUGGAAAACAUCGUGCUGCAGUCCAUGUUCUACCUGUGUCGGAUCAACCGUAACAGACAGACCCACGCAGCCCAAGCUGGCGUCAUUCCGUCACUUAUCAAGGUGGUCAAGAACUCGAGUCCACUCAAACAAUUCGCUCUCCCGAUCCUGUGCGACCUGGCUCAUGCGUCACCAACAGCACGAGCGCAUCUGUGGACUUAUGACAGUGUGACGCUCUUUCUGGAGCUCUUGGAGGACAAGUACUGGCAGAUCGACGCGAUCAAGUCCAUCAGCGUCUGGCUGGCACACGACACGGUGAAGAUGGAGAACGUCCUGCUCGUCCCGGAGAAUCUGAUGAAGAUCAUGGUCUGCUUUCGCAACGCUCUGGACACUGAACUGGAGAACUUACUCGAGCCAUUGCUGGAGAUCAUGAGUCGCUCGGUCCGACUCAACCAGGCUCUGGGACGCAGCGGUAUGUUCGUGACGGAGAUCUUGAAGCGACUGCGACUCAUUCCCAAGGCGAUUGUGCGCAAGAACCUGCUCAAGAUGCUCAAGAGCCUGUUCGAGUCGCACACUUCGCCUAUCCAGUUCCUUGUGGAGUACAACCUCCGCCCUAUUGUAUAUGCGCUGGCACAAGACGAGAACAGCAUGAUCUUAGUGAAGGAGAUUGCGUCGCAGCUUCUCCAAGCCAUCUUGGUGGCUGCUGGAGUGUUCUAGAUGCGAGGAAAGAGGCGAUGGAGCGAUAUGUUUUUUUUUAUUUAUUCGGGCAAUGGACGUCAACUGUGUUUGUGUUGUAGGUUCCAUUCUCUUCAUUUCUUCUGCAGAGACGCCAACAGAAGUUCUUUCUUGAACGUUUCGAGAUUGCGGUGAUUGGAGGCGUUGAAGGUGCUAGGAGGCGUUUUCUGUGCUCGAGAUUUGGCCAGUUCCUGGUGUACUUCGUCACGGACGACACUCUUGAUCAUGGCUUUGGUUGGUGGCAACUCGCCUUGGCAGGAGAUGCACUUGGCUCCUACUAGAGGUGCGGACUUGUGGCCUUCAUCGGCGGUGUUGGCCACGCUUCGAGAUCCAGCCUCCAGCUGUCCAGCUUGGCUUUGCAUGAGCGCCUUGAGUUGGUUCUUGUCCACUUUACGUCGCAGUCUUCGAUGGAUAUCGAUGAGAUCGUGUUCAUCCAGUGACGAGUUGGCAACAUUCUGCACUUGUCGCUCGAGAACUUCUUGGGUCCAGAGCAGCUCGUCCUUGUCCAGCUUCUUGCUGACUCGAGCAAUGAGCUGGUUCAUCUCCUCACCCAACAGUCCGUCACGCUCCAAUGUCUCGCUGCGAUUCGCCUCCAGACUGGUUGUAAGGAGAUCGCGCAUGUCGUUGUUGGCAGUCAUGAGCUCCUCGAUGGAUUUCUUGACGUCUUCUUCCUUGGCGUAAGCGAAUGACAGCUCCAUGAACGAGUCGAGACGUGUGUUCAUCAUCUUGACGAGUGCAAUGGUCGAAUCGAGAUGGCCAAGAGCGAAACCGUGCUCCACCACUGUAUUCUGCACUUGGUUAUGCGAGGAUCGCAGCUCUUCCACUUGAAGACGUGACUUGAUCGCGUCGGUGUGUAGCAGCAACAAGAAGAGAACUGAGCGCACUUGGACUACUGCAUCCUGCAUGAAGAGCAUCAAUUCCGGUAUCUGGCUGUCAUCUCGCUGAGUUUCUCGAGUGACCAGAGCGACCUCCAGCUCUUUCAACUUGGUCGUGGUUAUGAACACCAGGUGGUCGUCAAAGCUCGAGUUCUGCACGGGAUUACUACCGUGUGUGUCGUUGUUCCCGCUGAUUUCAAGUGCAAAUGCUGCUGCUCUUGCUAUCGCUGCUUGGCCCUUGAGUUUCUCGAGUUGUUGCUGGAAAUCCUUGGACGUUUCGAUCAGGAACUCGAUCUCCGAUCCAGUAUCUUGUGGUAAAAUAGUCUCGCAGUUGGUGAUAAAGUGAGUGAAGAUGCCGUGCAGCAAGUCAAUACCCACAUCGAGAGAACUGCGUGUUGAAGUCUUGGAGGACUGUUCGCUCUUGCCAAGCUCAACAGACUGCAGCAUUGCGCCGCUCAUUCCGAGUAAAGUAUGAUAGAUGCGGUUGCAGAAGUCCGUGAUACGCACAAGCAAGCGUCCAUCCGACUUGCGUUGCGAAGUCUGCAGUUGUUCGACUAUCUUCUGGAGUUCUUGCGCAGCCUCUUUGGUACGUUGUUCAGCCUCUUGACGAAUGGUAUACAGCGAGAGCUCGAUCUUGUCGUGGAGUGCAGGGAUCUCCGUCUCGCUGACCUGUGUUAACAGCUUCUCGGAGGCCUCGAACGCUGAAGUGUGUUGCGAAAACUUCGCUGUUACGUCCUGGAGUUGCGCUGAUAUCGCAUUGGUCACAGCACUCGUCACAUUCGUUGAUACGGAGUUAUUCCGGAGCACAGAAGUCCGCAAUCGCUGGACUUCGACGUCGAUCUCUUGCAGCUUUUCCUCCACAUCGACGAUCGUUCGUGCCUGCGUUUUCUGUCCGCGUUCCAUCUUCUGAACUCGAUCCAGUACGGGAUGAAGCUCUGCGAUGCUUCCGUCCAGUGCGUUGAUUGCAGAGCUGUUGUCCUGUACGUGGCGUUCCAGGUACUCGAGCGAUUCAUCCAAGCGAGCAGUGUUCUCUUCAAGGCGCUUAACUCGAGAGCCCAUGGACAUCUGCUGUCGACGGAAAAGCGCUUUCUCUGCGUUGAUGCCGUUCAGUUGACGAAGUCGCUGUAAACGUACGAGUUUACCGAGUAACCACAUCCACAGCUCUUUGAUUCUCGCCUUGGUCAAAGGGGGACGUGGCUCAACAAUUGCAGUCGAUGGAGGAGUGGCGGAUCUCUGGGCGGGAAGUGUCGGUGGCUCGUGGGUUACUGGCACGUCGGUAGGUUGGACGCCUGACGCCUUACGGGGAUUCGUCGAGCGGCGCUGACGUCGUGUACGUACGACGGGUGUAGUGGUGGUAGGACGCAGCAGGUUUUUUGAGGAGGAAGCACGGAAGAGCUCCACCUGAUCGUCCAUGACUUUUUGCUGGGUGGCUAACUGGGAACGAUACUGCUGCGGUAACUCUUCUUCUUGAACAGCUUCUUGCACUUCUUCCUUCUCAUUGUUCUCAACAGUUGCUUCUUCUUUCACAGGUUCCUCCGGUGUCACUUCUUGAUGUUCUUUAAUAUCUGGAAUGGUGGGG